AUGGGGACCAAGAUUUGCAUGAAUGUUUCGUGUGGGACGAGUAAUACGCAUGAAUGGAAGAAUGGCUGGCCUUUGCGAUCUGGUGGAUUUGCCCAUCUCUGCUACAAGUGUGGAGCCGCGUAUGAGAAGUCAGUUUUCUGCGAUACGUUUCAUAUAGGGGAAACGGGUUGGAGGGACUGCAGUUCGUGCCACAAGCCUCUCCAUUGUGGAUGCGUAGCCUCUAGGUCUUUAUAUGAGUGCCUGGAUUACGGGGGUGUAGGGUGCAUUGGCUGUGCAAACAGUUCUCAACCUCGUGUGAUCCCGAGGAAUGAUGUCCUCAAUGGUUUUGGUGGACUGGCAUUAAGUAAUGCCGGUGAUCGAAAUUCCAGUUCUGUUGAAUAUAGAACUUUGUGUGGUACUGUUGAUGAGGGAAAGCUUCUGCAAUUAUGCAAGAUCAUGGAGGCUAAUGAGUCCACCCUUUUGCCUCAAUCUCCGACAGAUGAUAAAAUUGAAUCCCUUGGCCAAACCAAAGGACAAGAAGUCAUUCAUCAAAUAGGAGAAGUUAGCCCAGGAUUUUUUAGUCCCACCCAGUCAUCUAUUGGAUCGUUAACAUUUGCAGCCCAACCAGACAAUGGCAGAACAAUGUUAGAGGUCAACCAUAUGAGUAUACCAUCCUCUCAGCCAUCUUUGAGUAUGUCCCUGUGUGCCCCAUCUGCAACUUCAAAUUUUAUACAACCCUUUUCUGGGGGCCACAUGGAUAUAAGAGAUCAGAGUAAGACACCUUCUGCCUUCCAACAGGUGAAACCUCGUCCUAUUUUGCCCAGACCUUUGCAACCUCCCCUCCCCCCUGUGAGUUCUGAGACAAAUAGAAGUGUGCGCAUUGCGAGACCACCUACUGAAGGACGGGGGAGGAAUCAGUUACUUCCCCGAUACUGGCCGCGGAUUACAGACCAAGAGCUGCAGAAGUUAUCUGGAGCUUUGAAUUCUACUAUUGUGCCACUGUUUGAGAAAGUGCUGAGUGCCAGUGAUGCUGGUCGAAUUGGUCGCUUGGUUCUCCCAAAAGCAUGUGCCGAGGCAUAUUUUCCUCCUAUUUCUCACUCAGAAGGCCUUCCUCUAAGGAUUCAAGAUGUGAAGGGAAAUGAGUGGACAUUUCAGUUCAGAUUUUGGCCAAAUAAUAAUAGCAGGAUGUAUGUUUUAGAAGGUGUGACUCCUUGCAUACAGUCAAUGCAACUGCAAGCUGGUGAUACUGUGACAUUCAGUCGUAUAGAUCCUGGAAACAAGCUUGUCAUAGGGUUUCGAAAGGCAUCGCAAUCUGUAAAUAUGCAGGGACCUCAAACUUCUGUCCUUCAAAAUGGCACACCUGGGGAAACAUCCUUUUCUAACCAUCAUUUGGCUGAGUGGGAUACGUAUAUGCAGAAUCGUGAGAACAGUGGUCACAGAACAAGUGAGGAUUUGUUGCAGCCAGCGUCAAAUUCUGAGAAAAAGAGGACACGGAACAUUGGGCCUAAAAGUAAGAGGUUGCUCAUGCAUAGUGAAGAUGUUAUGGAGCUGAGGCUGACAUGGGAAGAAGCACAAGACUUGCUCCGUCCACCGCCAAGUGUCAAACCAAGCAUUGUCACUAUUGAAGAUUUUGAAUUUGAAGAGUAUGAUGAGCCGCCAGUUUUUGGAAAGAGAUCUAUAUUCACUGCCGGGCCAUCGAAGAGACGGGAACAGUGGGCUCAGUGCGAUGAUUGCUCCAAGUGGCGGAUGUUGCCUGUCGAUGUUCUUCUUCCUCCAAAGUGGACAUGCUCAGAAAAUUCCUGGGAUUCAAGCAGGUCCUCAUGUACUGCACCGGAGGAGAUGAGCUCAAAGCAAUUGGAUAAUCUUCUGAGUUCAUCUGUAUCCCUUAAAGGUUUGAAGAAGAGACGAAAAAUCAUUGAGAAGAAGAAUGCUGAAGAACAGGAACCUUCUGGCUUGGAUGCCCUGGCUAGUGCUGCUAUUCUGGGAGAUAAUGUGCGUGAAUCAGGGGAACAAUCAGUUGGAGCCACUACCAAACAUCCCCGUCACCGCCCUGGUUGCACUUGCAUAGUGUGUAUUCAACCCCCAAGUGGGAAGGGCAAGCACAAGCCAUCAUGCAAAUGCAAUGUGUGCUUGACAGUGAAACGGCGCUUUACAACCAUGAUGCAGCGGAAGUAUGAGAAGCGUCAAUUAGAACGCGAAGCAGAGAAUUCCCAGAGGAACAAUGGCAACAACAAGGAUGAAUCAGAAGUGAAUGGCACCACAUCGGGAGAUGCUAUGCUGCAUAGGAAUAACUCAGCAAACAAUUCCCAGAGGAACAAUAACAACCACAAGGAUGAAUCAGAAAUAAAUGGCACCACAUCGGGAGAUGCUGCAUUGCAUAGGAAUCACUCAUCAGAGAAUGGAGCCAGCAGCAGCCAGAGUAGAACUCAAGCAGAUGCUGCUGAAAGUUCCAGUGCCGGGCAAAUUGACCUGAAUUGUGAACCCUCUGGUUUGUUCAGGAACCCCACACUUCAAGAUCUCUUCAAGCUUGCUAAAGCUGCCUCCGCCGCCCGACCAUCGGAGAAGUAUACAAAUGAAAAUUCCCUCAGAACCAUGAUGGACGAGGAACAAGCUGGUCUUGCUUCUUGUUCACUUAAGCAAGCCAAUGGUGACAAUGAGAGACAACUGCCUAAUGAAGCUCACCUUUCAUCCGUGUCAUGGGACUGCCCGAGUAUAGGUGAUAAGGUUUACCGUGAGCCUGAUUUAGAAUGAAACAGUCCAUACUCUACCCCUCUUGUUUCUUGUCCAAGUAUAGCAAAGUGGAUGGUUCCAUACAUCUCUACUUCUACACAACCACAGAAUG